CUUCUAGCAGAGAAGACUCUCUCUAUCCGGGUUUAUAUAUCAGUGACACCACAAGCCUGCUAAACCGUACUAGCUUCAUCUUUGUUGAUUGUUUUCGUCAGAAAUCAUAAGUGAAAUUAUCAUCUGGACUGAUCUCUUCCUAAAAUGGAGCCAGCAUGUCGAAAAGACAAACAAAAGCAGCAAACACCGACCCGUGGAGACCGAACCAAACAGAAAUCAGCCCAGCAGGAGCUAAAGCAGAGACAAAGAGCAGAGAUUUAUGCCCUGAACAAAGUCAUGACUGAACUUGAACAGCAGCAGUUUGAGGCCUUUUGUAAGCAGAUGCAAUCACAAGCCGAAUGAGAAAAACUCAUGUCAGGGCUAACAUACAUCGGUUAGGGUUAUGUCAUGAUGUUACUCUUAUUUUUUUGUAUUAUUGUACACCAUUUGAUAAUCAUCCCUUGAAAUUUAUACCAAAAUGUAUUCGGUGGCGACUUAUGCACACACACACACACACACACACACACACACACAUGCACACACACACUACUUGAAUCUGAGUGUACAAUCACAUCGUAAAAGUCGGUCAGUAUAUACAAAACCAAAAAUGUCAUAAUGCAUUUGUUUAUCAGAGCAUCUCCCUGUGAAAAGACACUCACUCUAUAGGUCGGUUCAGUUUUAUAUUCACUGUCAUUGUUAAUUAUGAUGUUUUAUAUGGCAUUAUUGUCCUGAACAAGUAUUACAUUAUCUAUGAUUGCACAAAGCUAUUUUAGACAAUUUGUGACCUGUUGACUGAAGGAAAUUAAGAUACAGUUGUUAUUCUUUUGGUUUAAAAUGUAUUUAUUUAAAUGUAUUAUAUCUAACCCUAACCUUAACAUGGAUGAGAAAUGUUUGCUGAGCAACAAAUCAGCAUAUUAGAAUGAUUUCAUGUGAUGCUGAAGACUGGAGGACUGAUGCUAAAAAUUCAGCUUUGUAUCACAGGAAUAAGUUACAUUUUAAAAUGUAUUCAGUUUUAAUAAUAACUUGUAAUAAUAAAAACAUGACACGCUUACAGCAUUCCUGAUUAAAUAAAUGCAGCCUU